CGUCCGUCAGUCUCCGAUAAGUAUGUCCUACCCCUGGAUCCGGCUGCCUUCAACGGCCUGGAGUCAGACGAUAGCCUGCACACCCCGGACCCUCGCAGAGAUCGCAGGCUUGAUGGGGGCGGAUAUAUAUUCACUGUACGUGGACUCAUGAACCUCAGCUGCAUUAUUAUCCUUGGGGCUGGCAUUAUCGCGCUUUGCGUCGGUUAUCCCUUGAUUACCUACUUCGCCAAAUCCCCCCAGUCAACUCUGGGAGGCUUCGGUCUCGGCGGUAUCAAUGCUUCCGGUCAAGUUCCUGAUAUCCCAGGCAUUCGUGGCCUGAUAGACCGCGACACGCCCCAGGAGGCUCGGACGAGGGUGGACCAUGUGACGGGACAAACUUGGCAGCUAGUCUUCAGCGACGAGUUCGACCAAGAAGGCCGAACUUUCUACCCUGGAGAUGAUCCCUACUGGGAAGCUGUUGACCUGCAUUACUGGGCCACGGAUAACCUGGAGUGGUAUGAUCCAAAGGCAAUAACAACGCGUAACGGCUCACUGGACAUCACGCUCACUGAGGAACAGAACCAUGGGCUGAACUACACUGGUGGUAUGAUGGCUACAUGGAACAAGUUCUGCUUUACCGGCGGCCUCGUAGAAGUAUCGGUCGUGCUACCAGGUUCUAAUAAUGUCAAAGGUCUGUGGCCUGCCAUAUGGGCGAUGGGUAAUCUUGGUCGAGCUGGCUACGGUGCCUCCCUCGACGGCAUGUGGCCUUACACUUACGACGCAUGUGACAUCGGGACUGUAGCCAACCAGACUUUCAACGGCCAACCAGUCGCAGCUACUGUGGAUAAUGACAGGGACUAUGACGGCGCCCUCUCUUAUCUGCCCGGUCAGCGGCUGUCGCGAUGCACUUGUCCUGGUGAAUCUCACCCGGGGCCUGUCCACUCCAAUGGCGAAUGUGUUGGUCGGUCGGCCCCUGAGAUUGACAUGUUUGAGGCUCAGAUCGGAGGGACACCAGAAGGUGCUGCGGCAGGCGUAUCUCAGUCGGGACAAUGGGCGCCAUUCAAUAUCAAUUAUGUCUGGAACAAUUCAUCGGAUAACCUGAUCAUCGCCAAUGCAUCGAAGAGCGUUUUGAACUCCUACAAGGGAGGGAUAUACCAGCAGGCCACGUCCGUCAUAACCGCCACUAACCAAGAGGGAUAUGAGUUGAAUGGGAGACAGUACUCUGUCUAUGCAUUCCAAUACAAGCCCGGCUUCGGCGACGCAUACAUCGCGUGGAUCACCGAUGGACAAUUAGCCUGGGCUUUGCGCCAGCCUGGUAUGGGACCUGACGCGGUCGCAGAGAUAAGCGACAGGCCUGUCCCCCAAGAGCCGAUGUAUCUCAUCAUGAACUUGGGCAUUUCUAAGAAGUUCGGGGAUGUGGAUUUCGCCCAUAUCCAGUUCCCCACUAGGAUGCGGGUCGAUUACGUCCGUGUGUAUCAGGAUCCCAGCGCGAUUAAUAUUGGGUGCAACCCUCCUGAUUUCCCGACAGCGGCAUAUAUCGAGGAGUGCGUGGAGGCCUACAAUAACCCGAACCUGACGACUUGGGUUGAUGACUACAAGCGGCAGUUCCCCAAGAACAAGUUCCUAGGGGAGUGCUGA